UGCUACUACUUCAUACUUUUCUACUUUUCAAGUUGAUUUUGCAAAGUAGUAUAGUAGUCAGCUGAGGAUAUUUUUUUCAAAAAUAAAAACAAAACAUUUGAGUAGUAUGAGUAUACAUAUAUAUAUAUAUAUAUAUAUAUAUUUAGUAUAAGCUUUGUGAAAACAGAUGAUUCCUUUAUUUACGUUGAACGGAAUUUCUAAUGUUUGAAGGAGGAAAAAAGCAAAGCUCAAGGAGUAAUAAUAAAUAAAAGGCGAGAACAAAUUAAGCUCGACAGCUCGAUAACCUAAAAAUUUCAUAAUGAAUACUCUACGUGAAAGUCUAUCUAAUUUGCCAGGUGCUGUUUCAAAUUUUAUCAGCGAAAGUGCCUCAGCAGCGUCUAGCUAUAUCUACUCUGCGGGAAGUGAAACGACUAGUACUGAUAAUCAAACACGAUCUUGUAGUUCCAAAUCGGGAUCUCUGCAAAGUCUUACGGACAUUGAAAAUGCUAGCUCAUCGGGUGUGUUAAUUAGUGAACGUUCCCUGCCAAUACCUUCUACACUUGUUAAGGAGCAAUGGCGUCUAAUUUUCACAUCGGAAGCCAGUGUGCAAGAUCUGCAAGAGGCCGUAGCACACUGCAAGGAUUUAGUGAUGCUGUCCAAUGAGAAUAGUGAAGAGAGGCGAUGGCUUGUAAGGCAUUUAGUUGAUUUGCGUUAUUCUUUAAAGGAAAUGAUUGACGCGCAAAAAGAUCAAAUCGAGAUAACAAACACAAUAAAAACCGUAGUUGGCCAUCAUUUUGUGAUUCGUACGCGAGGAGUAACAAGGAGCCUAUCGUUGCCGACAAGUCGCAAUUAUUGUGAUCACUGCACCGGAAUUAUAUGGAGUGUAGUGCAAGCCUCAUAUAUGUGUUCCGAUUGUCAUUAUACAGUUCAUCAGAAGUGUGUUGACAGCGUUGUAAGAAUCUGCGCUCAUGUUAUUGUCUCCGAACGACAAUAUCCCAUUGCUGACAUAUGCCCGGAAAUCGGUUUGGCAGCCCAACAAUACAAAUGCGCUGAAUGUCAUACUCAGCUGAAUUUCAUCCAACAUUCUGUCGUCCAAUGUUUUGGUAAAAAAAAGUACAAAAAUGAACAUUUCUGGACUGAGCCACGUCUAUGCGAUUAUUCGGGUUUAUACUAUUGUCCGUCUUGCCACUGGAAUGAUCAAAGUGUUAUACCGGCACGGGUCGUGCACAAUUGGGAUUUUAGCAUGCGUCGCGUGUCAAGAGCUUCCCUGCAAGAAAUCAACCUUUUCCUAAAUAAACCGCUUAUUAAACUUGAAGAAGCGAAUCCGAAAUUGUUUGUUUUUCUCGAAAAGUUAGUCACACUUAAGAAACUAAGACAAAAUUUGGUGUUUAUGCGUAAAUAUUUAUGCGAGUGCCGUCAGGCGUUGGCGGAUAAAUUAUUAGAAAUGGAAAUUGGUACGCGCCGUUACUUAAUACAAGCGAACGAAUUUUAUUCCAUUAAUGAUUUGCAGCAAACCGAAAGCGGAGCUUUAACGGAGUUUUUAUAUAAAGUUUUCAAUACGUUUGACAACCAUAUACGCAAUUGUCCGAUGUGUAAGGCCAAGGCUUAUAUCUGUGAAAUUUGCAGCAACGACGAAGUAAUCUUUCCAUAUGACGAUGGCUGCAUAAUAUGUGACAAAUGCAACUCGAUUUGUCAUCGUGUCUGUAUGACGCGGAAAAAUAUGAUCUGUCCAAAGUGUGUGCGCUUAGAGGAGAGACGCUUGCAAAGAGUGUCAAAAAUGGAAAAUCAAAGGCAUUACGAUUGCAUCGAUCAGGAUAACAGUGACUAAAUGUUAUUAUAUUCCUUUUGUCUAUUUAAUUUUUUUCUUUUUCUUACUUU